CCCUGCUCCCGUCAACAACAAGCAACUCACUCUCCCAAACCAGAUCUAACCAGCUGACCCGGCUGUAUUAUGGCGGGAAAUCCAGUUCAACAAACAUGAAUAUUACAUACAGGCUUCUAGAGUUGUAUAAAGCUGGAGUGAGUUCUGGACUAGAUUUGAAAUUACACCUGUGGUCUAGAGAUGGACAAGAAUUCUUCUCUUUCACUUGUUUACCCGGACAUAGGUACAAGGAAACCUAUAGCUCUACCCAGAAUAGAAGAUGGAGGAGAAAACGGUAUUUAAUACCUGAAACCGAAAAAACCAACCAAGUUAAUGAUAAGGAGCAGAGACCCACCCUAGACGAUGUGAGGUACCCCCUGAAGGAGCAGAGACCCACCCUAGACGAUGUGAGGUACCCCCUGAAGGAGCAGAGACCCACCCUAGACGAUGUGAGGUACCCCCUGAAGGAGAAGAGACCCACCCUUGACGAUGUGAGGUCCCCCCUGAAGGAGAAGAGACCCACCCUAGAUGAUGUGAGGUCCCCCCUGAAGGAGCAGAGACCCACCCUAGAUGAUGUGAGGUCCCCCCUGAAGGAGCAGAGACCCACCCUAGACGAUGUGAGGUCCCCCCUGAAGGAGAAGAGACCCACCCUAGAUGAUGUGAGGUCCCCCCUGAUGGAGCAGAGACCCACCCUAGAUGAUGUGAGGUCCCCCCUGAAGGAGCAGAGACCCACCCUAGACGAUGUGAGGUCCCCCCUGAAGGAGAAGAGAACCACCCUGAAGGGUGUUAGAUCUUCAUGGAAGGAAGGAGGACGCCGUAAACCUAAGAAGGAUGUAUGUCCCCCUAAAAUAGGAACCAUAGUGAAAUAUUUGGAACUUAUUCCCCAGCUGGAUGGAGGUUGUACGCCAGACAUACACGUUCCUACUCCUGGUACACUCGGUACACUCUUCCAGACUGAACCCGAAUUUAAGCUUGAUAAGGAAGAACAAGAAUCUGAUCCUAAACCACCCCUUCCUCCACCUAAUUUAAUCAAUCCAAUAUUCGGGUAUUGUCAGGAUAAAAACUGUUCUUUGUGUCCAACAAAAUCUACAGUAAAAAUUGGUGAAUUUUUUACUUGCUUCCCCCAGAAGGAUGACUCGAGAGCUAGUUGUCAACUUAUUCAUUGGCAUUCUAAAAAUAACCAAUGUCUACAAGCUACGGAAGACGACUUCAAGUGA